AUGGGUAGACUUUGCUUCCUCUCCAUUUUCACGGCCAUGAUUCUCACAUCACAAGCUCAAUUCUUUCUUCCGAUCACAAAAGAUGAAACAACCAAACAAUUCUACACCACUCUCGAAAUCGGAACCACCUUAAAAUCUCCACUAAACCUCCUCCUCGACCUAGGAACCAACCUCACGUGGCUCGACUGCCACAAACUCCAAUCUCUAAAAUCUCUUCACACCGUCGCUUGCGACAGCCUCUCCUGCCAAGACAUCCCUGGAAACGGUUGCGACGGAAACUCAUGUCUUUACCAGCAACCUAACCCUCUCAUAAGCCAGAACUUAACGGGCCGUGUCGUCCAAGACACAGCCUCCUUCUACCCACAACUCUCCUUGCGCAUCUUCACAUUCUCAUGUGUCGGCGACAACGACCUCAAAGGUCUACCCCCUGCGGUCGCUGGAGUUCUGAGCCUUUCUCCCGGAAGCUCGUCGUUCACGAAACAGGUGACGUCGGAGUUUGGCCUCAUCUCUAAACUGUCUCUCUGCUUGCAUUCUCACGGCACGGGUCACUUCUAUGUCGCUGAUAACAGUACUAGUCCGAUUCCUAAGACUUUAACGAUUAUGGCAAUUCAAUCAGACGGUUACCUUAUCUCUGUCCAGUCCAUCAACGUUGAAGGGUCUCGUUUGGAGUUGAACAUCCUUGUCAAAGUAAGCACGGUGGUUCCGUACACGGUACUCGCCACCGAUAUCUACAAUUUUCUUGCUCAGGCGUUUACACUCAAGGCAACGGCGAUGGGGAUAUCUAAGGUCUCACCCGUUGCACCUUUUAAAGAUUGUUUCGAUGCACGAAACGUCGCUGGAAAGGAUAUGACCGGACCGAACGUGCCGGAGAUAGAGAUUGGGCUGCUGGGGAAGACAGAUAAGGAAGUAAUGUGGAUACUUCAUGGUGCUAAUACGAUGGUGAAAGUGAGUGACAUGGUGAUGUGUUUAGCCUUCUACGACGGCGGAGAGGAUAUGAAGGAGUCGAUUGUAUUUGGGACACAUCAACUUCAAGAUUAUAUGUUGGAGUUUGACAUUAGCUCGUCUACUUUCGGUUUUAGUGACUCACUCUUGCUCCAUAAUACAACCUGUUCCACUUGGCCUUCCUAA